AACAGAAACCAGAGGAUAGGAGAAGAAAACAAGAGACUGAGACGCUGGAAUUCAGGGAAAACCAUCAAACUCUCUACCACUAAUGACACCAUCUGAGCUUCAAGCUCUCAACAUCACUUCAUUUCUUUCACUUAUCAUAAAUGUCUAUAAAUACUCAGCCCCAUUUCAAUCUCACUUCAACCAAAUCUUCCCCAAUCAUCCACUUUUAUUCAACACAGCUGAUCUCUGCGUUUUUUUUUUGAUUCCCUGUUCUUGCAACAAUGGCGAAGAAUGUGGCUCAGUCUCUUUUCGAGAGCAAAAAUCUGGCUCCCCAUGACCCUAAAGUGGCAAUGGCCAAGCGCUGUGCUAAAGAGGGUGUGAUAGCAGGAGCAAAAGCAGCUGCCAUUGCAAGUAUUGCCACUGCCAUUCCCACUUUGGCUAGUGUGAGGAUGCUACCAUGGGCAAAAGCUCAUCUGAACCACACUGCUCAAGCUCUAAUAAUCUCCACAGUGGCUGGAGCAGCAUACUUCAUAGUGGCUGACAAGACUGUGCUGGCAACAGCAAGAAGAAACUCCUUCAAGCAAAAACCCAACACUGAAACAUAUGAAUUCAAUUGAAUCAUGUCAACUCAACCUUAGAUUUUGAGGGAUGGCAUUGAAAAGGCUAGCCUCAUCUGGUUUUGAGGGCGGGCAUUGAAGAAGCUACCCUGAUCUAGGCCAUAGGCCCAUAUCAACAUUGCUCGCUGUUGCUCUUUUUAAUUAUCACUUGAAUUUUGUGUACUAAGAAAAUCUAUGUAAAAUCCAUUUACUAUUUGAAUAAAUAAAAAUGGGUUUUCAGAUAUUUAUCUUGUGAAA